UUCAGUGUGCGGUUGGAGCGUUAAGGACUGGUUUGGGAUCAAGUCGACACACAGCGAUUUGUCUUGUUACGUAAUUUAAAACUUGCACCCUUGUUCAAGUCAAAAUGAGAAAUCUUUAAACCUGAUUUUUGCUGUCAUCCGGUAUCUUUAAAAUCCUCUUAAGACAGAGUUCCGGGAAUAUACAUAAAUCUAUAUUAUGUAAUGAAUAUAUUCAAGAAGAUACUCCAGUGUGCCAGCUGCUAUCGAGGAGUACACAUUGAUUGAGUUAAAAUAUUCUUUGAAUAUUGAAAUUGUAUAAUUAUUUGGGAUUAAAGAGGACAGAUAACGUAACAGGAGGGCAGCUGUAGGAUUAUGGCGACAUGUGACAGAGAAAACAGACUUCAGCGCUCUUGUAUACUGCGGACGCUGUUGCUUUGAAAGAAUAUUAAAGAGGAAUUAAAAUGUUUUGAUAAAAAAAUUGUUUUUUGACAACUUAAUUGUGUUUCACAUCCACUAGAAGUGCAGCAUUUGCCGAGAAGAAUUCUAGACGACAGUUGCACCAUGAGGCUCUUUUAAUCCUGAGGGUCACAUCAUGCUGCUGUCCAUCCUGUUGCUUUUUCUCUAUCUGUCUCCAUUGAGGAGUUCAAGACUGUGUGGUCACCUCUGCCAUUGCUUUGAGCACUCAGACCUAGUGGACUGUCAUGCCAAGGGUCUUGAGGAUGUACCUCAUGGACUUCCCCAUGGCACAUGGCUCCUAGAUUUAGGAGGAAACAAGCUUACAGAGAUCCGAAGUCGAGCUUUCGCUGGCCUUUGGUCUCUUCGAAUUCUUGUGAUGUCGGGCUGUAGCAUCCGGGAUCUGCAAACAAAUGCUUUCUACUCUCUCUCCUUUCUGGAGAAGCUGGACAUGAGCCAUAACAAGCUCACUCGGAUUCCACCUCAUUUCUCAGAGAGCUUGUCUUCAGUUCGUGAGCUGCGUCUGGACCACAACGAGCUGCUUCUCCUCAAAUCUGCAGGCCUGGAACAUCUGGAGAACCUUGAGAAACUGGACUUGAGUCACAAUCGGAUCCACUCCCUGGAACCCGGCACGUUCCGCGGCCUGUCCCGCCUGCGCCAUCUCUACCUACAGGGAAACCGACUUGGUGUCGUGCGGGACGGCUCUCUCACUAUGCUGCCUGGGUUAGAGGUCCUUCUACUGGGCAACAACAAUAUCUCCCGGAUUGAGGUAAAUGCACUCGCUCCACUUCACAGUUUGUCUGUGUUGGGCUUGGAAGGGAAUAAUUUGGAGCACCUGAAUUUUAAGACGUUUCUGAGUCUUCACACGGCUGCUACCCACCUGCAGCUAGCUGGGAAUCCCUGGAACUGUGACUGUGACCUUCACCGCGUCUUCAGCAAGCUGCUCAGUGUGCGCCAUCUCCACGUGGAUGAUUAUCAUAACGUAACUUGUCAAGAGCCCUGGCAGCUCGCUGGGGCAUCUUUGGCAUGGGUGGACGGCCAGUUGUGUAUGGCAGAGACUGUUACCGUAUUAGUCAUUACCGUUACUGUGAUUGUUACCGUAUUUGGUGCCUUGAUCAUGGCGGAGAGAAAACGUAAGAAAAAACACUGGGAGCAGAGUGACGGCGAGACACAAGACCACUGAGAUGGAGUUUAGCAGGAAGAACCUUUAUUGUCUAUAUGGUUCCAAAAAGAACAUUAAACAUCCGAAGAACCUUUCUUAUUUCACAAAAGUUUCUUUGUUGGGAAAAAGAUUAUUCAGAUUACAAAGGUAAGAAAGAAAUGGUUCUUUGUGGAACCCAAAAAGGUUAUUCUACUGCAUCGCUUGUUAGAACCUUUAUUUUAAAGAGUGUAUGUCACUUCCUGCAACGGAACGCAUACAGGAAUGGAAAGAAAUUGCACAAUGUCUUUUGUUUGAAUGGGGGUUGUAAAUUGUACAUGCAGAAGGAAGCUGGUGCUGUAGAAAAGCAUAUUGCUGCUGUCCUUCUGAAACCUUGUAUCUCCAUAUUUUGUGAUUUUUAUUUUCGCCAAUAAAUCAUUAUUAUUCGGCACCAAAUACUAAUAAUCAGAAUUAAAAAAAGUAAUUGGCUAAUAAAAAGUAAAAAAAUAAAAAACAGCGAAUUCGGACAUCCGAGGUUUCGGAAGGACAGCGACGAUAAGUCUAGAUUUGAUUUCAGCAAGUUUGACAGAAGUGUUUUAUCAGAUACUUUGUAAUCUGAGAUAUUGAUAUUUUAAGAUUUAAUACAAAUUUGUUUUAGAUAAAUUAGUUGCAGAUUUUAAAGAUUCAUUUUUUUUGUUAGUAGGUUAGAUUGGUGUAUUGUUUCUCACAUUGACAUUUAAUCAUUUAUUAAAUUGAAUCUAAAUUAAUCAUUACGCAGAUGAUUUUACAAUUAUAUUAUAAUAUAAGAUCAGAUAUUAAUCCUUCUUAUUUUAUGUCCUUUGAUCAGUCGUCCAUUAAACGAUAACAGUAUUUAGUGACACAAACCACAGAGCUUGGAUCUCACAAUAUCUAAACUGGUUUAUUCACCUUCAGGAUAAAGGGUUGUUACCUGCCAUACAAAUAUGAUAGUAUGCAAAUGUUUGUUAAUUUGUUACACAAAUAUCAAAAUCAGAACCUUCCAGGCCUGUAUGACUGUGUAUCUUUAAAGGU